AUGCAUUGGGCCUUCAUUCCGGCCGCGUCGUCGUCGGUCGACGGACGGGAGGGCGGGGAAGCGGGAGUGGCUGCCGGAAAGGCAGAUGCCGAUCUGCAUCUCUCGUCUGGGCAGCCCUGGGCAGCCUUCUGGGUUGAGGGGGAGGAGGAGGGUCGCCACUGCAUGCCACAGCACAGGCCAAUGCCACUAUACGGGCGUACGUACCGUCGCUUCCCAUACGCGUCCGAAAGGAGUGAGUGGUGCAUUGCGACGGGAGUCGCUCAAUCGGCGGCGACCGUUCACUUGGGCUCUACGGCGGCCGACGCUGCGUCCUCCGGCCGCACAACGACCCGUGAGCGAGGCGCAGAGGCUGCCCAUUGGCGUUCCUGGGGUUGCGCUGCAGGUCUCAGAGAGUUUUUGGCGUUACGUACCGCCCCGUCGCGCCGGCUAGCUCACUUCCGCACUUUUACCCGACUCGCGUGGCAGUGCGAGCCCCGAGAGCCCCCUCGGGCUCCACUGGGCUGCGGCUCACUAGCUAGCUACCCACGAUGCGCCGAAGGAGGUCCGGAAGGUGCGCUGCUGCCCCCCGCACCGGACGCGAACACGGACCGGGGUUCAUUUGUCGAGAGGCACUCGACCCAGCUCCGCGUAGCAGCCGUCGCCCCGGGGCGGGACCGUUCCCGCCCCGAGGCAGGGCCCAUGCGGCCCGCCGUUAGCCUGCGCGUCCGCCGCGACGUCCGCCCUGGCCCGCGCUGUGCGAGACCCCGCGGCGCACGGUGCGGCGCCGGGAUCGACUGGGCCAGCCGCGGGCCUCCCCGUCCUGCGUCGCCCUCGCGAGCCGCGCUGCCCGGCGACCGGUGGCCCGGCGGGAGCGCAGCAAGCGCAGGCCGUGCGCCGGGCAGCGCGGCGGGCCUGCCACCUCGUCCCACGCACAACGGCGCGCACGCAUUCGGUCGAGCGAUCGAGCACGCCGAGCGCGGUCUGAGCUCGGCGGACCUGCAGACGGGCGGCUCGGCCGCACCGCGAAGGUUCCCCCGCAGCCGUAAGUACGGCAGCGCAGGAGCCCCCGUCGGUGGCUGGCGGCGGCGGGCGGGCGCCGACGUCGAAGCGAAGGAAGGACAUACGUAUUGUCGGACGCUCCCCGCCACGGGUGUGCUGGGUGCGGGCUCCGUUGCUUCUCCCAAUCGCGUGCCAAGAACCGCGGCGGCGAGACAGCUUGCUCUGUACAACUGGCGCAUGCCAUGUUUUGGCAACCACAAACUUCACUGGACGCCGAAUCUGGAGCAUCAAAACGCGGUGGGACAAGGUGACUGCGCGGUGCACCAAAGCGCCUAUCCGGUACACACAUCCGGCCCGAGAGCUAAGUAUGGGCACGAAGUGCUCGGCGGUGCCUUGCCGCGCUACGAACUCGUCGAUCGGCUGCGCGUGGGCUACCGAAGGGCCGCUAUCUGUGAGAACAAACGAAGUGCGGGGGCUACACGUGCUACCGGCGUGACGAAAUUGCGCGCGCCUUCCGACCGACCGAAGGGUCCAACGUUGGAGCACAAAUGGCCAGUGGUCGAGGGUGCUUGGCCGCCUUGUUUGCUAUGGGUAGGUAUCGUCAUGUUGGAUCGCCGGCUACUCGGGGCACGCUCCGCAUCUGCAAAACCCCCGGGUACAAUAACCGGCGAAGACAUCCGUGAGAAGCCAGCAACGAGGACGAGCGGCGGGGGUGAUAAGAGGGCAGCCUGGCACUGA